CGGGAGCAUUAUUGCGCGAAUAGGAAAAUCGUAUGAGUGUAUCAAAGACUUAAUUAAUUGUUUUUAAAUGAUUUAAAGAAAUAGUGGUGUUGUGUUUUAAAGAUACGGAUAUUUAUAUCCAAAAGGAAAAAGAAAAAACUUAUUAUAUUCAUUACAGCAGAGAAACAGGUGGAGAUUGCAAAAUUCGAGAGGAAACAUGGAUCAUGAUUUUGAGGAACUUUCACAUGAUACAAAUAUAAUCGCUAGGCUGCAGCAGUUCAGCGAAGCAGCCUUCAAAGUCCAGGAUGUAGUGGAAUCGGUAGUUAGCGAUCCUUCGCUAUACGAAAAACUGUCCAAUGUCAAUAAAAUUAAAUAUAACUUGAUGUUAUCUUAUAGUCUUAAUAGUCUAUUUUGGAUGUACUUACGAGCUAAAGGAAUUGAUCCUUCAAAGCAUCGAAUCAGAUCAGAGAAUGAAAGACUAAAGAAAGCAAUGAUACGAGCAAAGCAAAUCAGCGAUAGAAACACUCUUAUGCCACGUAUCAACAAGGAUGUUGCCAACAGAUUUGUAAAGAAGAGUUUAUGGGAAUUAAAGAAAAAAAAAACUGAGAGCACGGAGACGAAAAUUGAUAGUUCUUAAGAUUUGUUAUCUACUUAAAUGUAAUUUUGUUACAUUUUUAUACAUUAUAUAUUUGUGGAAUAUGAAGUGUAAACAUUA